UACGUUGCAACUGCCCUUUUCGAGCCAUUGACGUCACGAACAGCACUGGAAUAACUUAACUUCACAAAGCAGGAACUUGGAUAUUAGCAAUCCUCAACUUGCACUUGCACUGCUCUUUUUUUUCAGCUGCCUCGUAAAUAUCAUUUAAGAUGGCUUUGCCUAUGGCCCUUCCCCCCAAGAGUCCCUUGGCUCGCUACCGCCUGCUUUCGCCGACGGCAUCGGUCCGCGUCAGUCCUCUCUGCCUGGGCGCAAUGAACUUCGGCGAUGCGUGGAAGCAGUGGAUGGGAGCUUGCGACAAACCUACGACGGAGGCCAUUCUGGAUUUCUACUACCAGCAGGGUGGUAACUUCAUCGACACUGCAAACAACUACCAGGCCGAGGAGUCCGAGGAGUGGAUUGGAGAUUGGAUGAAGCAGCGUGGUAUUCGUGAUCAGAUGGUCAUCGCAACCAAGUACACUACAAACUUCCGUGCUGGGAGAGGAGAGACUGAGAUCAUGGCCAAUUCGACUGGCAACGGAUCAAAGAGUCUCCGCACUUCGGUCGAGGCCAGCUUGCGCAAGUUGAAGACCGAUUAUAUUGACCUGCUCUACAUCCACUGGUGGGACUUCAGCACCUCGAUCCCGGAGCUGAUGCAAGCCCUAAAUGCCCUCGUGGUGUCGGGAAAGGUCCUUUACCUCGGCAUCAGCGACUCUCCCGCCUACAUCGUGUCCAAAGCAAACCAGUACGCCCGCGACCACGGCUUCUGCCAGUUCAGCGUCUACCAGGGCAAGUGGUCAGCCGCGAACCGCGACCUCGAGCGCGAGAUCCUCCCCAUGUGUCGGGAAGAGGGCAUGGGCCUUGCGCCCUGGAGCGCGCUCGGUGGCGGCAAAUUUAAGACGGAGGCGCAGCGCAAGGCGCAGGAAGGCCGAAAGGUCGAGGCCUCAGAGACGGACAUUAAAGUCAGCCAGGCUCUCGAGACUGUUGCCAACCGCAAGGGGACUAUUAUUACUUCGGUCGCACAGGCAUACGUCAUGCACAAGGCGCCUUACGUGUUUCCCAUUAUUGGCGGACGGAACAUCGAUCACCUUAAGGCUAAUAUCGAGGCGCUGACGUUGUCGCUGUCGCAGGAGGAUAUUGAUGAGAUUGAGGGCGCCGUGCCGUUCGAUAUCGGGUUCCCGCUCAACUUCCUCUGGAAAGGAAAGCCUGAGCACCCCGGGGACGUUUGGCUUCUGAACCUGGGUGGUCACUACGACUAUGUUGCUCCGAGCAAGCCUAUUACCCCUCGGGGCGGCGAGUAGGUCCGCCGGGGCUUCUCGAGAGGAUGGCAAUGGGUGUGGUACAACACGAAGCGUGGACCUAGUGCCGCGCACAAUUGGAAGAAGCAAACUGGGUACUGAGUUCUGGGGUGACGGGGUGACUGCGGAC